CCAUGAUGGGACAUAGCUUUUCUUUUCCAAUUUCAAUACGCAAAUAUAUUUUGAUAUUUAUCAGGCCUAUAUAAAGGCUUAUAUGGUUCUUCUUCUCAUUAAAUAUUUAAUAAGACUACAUGUGGAACCUAUUCCCUUCAUCAUGUCUACCCGUAUUAUUUUGGUGUAACACCACCACGCUGGUGACAGUUGUUGAAACCAAUGACCGCUAUUGCAUGAAUAUAUCACGGUAUAACAUUUGUCAUUCUUUUUAGUUGUAGAACGUUUAGAUUUAUUGAACAAUGUCACGGGUUGUGAAAGUGUUUCGGACCUUGCGUAGUCAUUGGAAGAAGUCCACGUUUGCAGUGUGCGUCCUAUCUUACGGAAGUCACUGGCUUUAUGGUAAAUAUUGUGACAAAAUGGUGCGAAGAGAGGCGUGCCUAGAAGCAAGGGAAUUUGGGCGCCAGUUAAUUGCGCCAAGUGAAGGUUUAAAGAAAGCUACAGUGAUCCUGAACCCUGCAGCUUGCAAUGGGAAAGCCAACAGUUUGUUUGAAAAGAAUGCUGCCCCAAUCUUACAUCUGGCUGGCAUUGAGGUUACAGUGGUCAAGACAGAUUAUGAAGGUCAAGCCAAAAAAAUGAUGGAUUUCAUGGAAAGCACAGAUAUGCUGAUUGUGGCCGGAGGAGAUGGUACUUUGCAGGAAGUCAUCACAGGUUUGCUACGGAGGUCAGAUCAAGAUUCAUUCAGUCGCACACCGAUUGGAUUCAUUCCACUUGGCACUCGUAACGCCGUGAGUGCCAGUCUUCACAUCAUUAGUGACAACAAGGUCAAGGACAUUACGUCAGCGACACUGUCUAUCCUGAAGGGGGAAACCGUGCCUCUGGAUGUACUACAAAUCGAAGGGGAACGAGAGAAGCCCGUCUUCGCUUUGACAGGACUGCGUUGGGGUGCUUUUCGAGAUGUUUCUGCAACUAUUAGCAAAUAUUGGUAUCUUGGACCAUUGAAGACAAAUGCUGCUCAUUGGUUUCGCACCCUUCGGGAGUGGCCCUUACUAUGUGACGUCACAGUGAACUAUUUGGCUCCCACCCUUCGGCCCCCUGACUUGCCUCCUCAUAAGCCCCCCCGACCCAACUUGCUCUACCGAAUCAUCCGCCGGCUGAGAAACUACUGGAAUCCACCCCCAGGAGAGCCUCCCAAAACAGAAGAACCGGAGCAAUGGGAGGAACAGAAGCUAUCUUCAGUCGAGCUGUUUAUUCAAACGCAUAACAAGAACCCUGUUGAGCACCGCAUAAAUGACUCCAUGAUGAUCUGUGCGGAGUCCCAAAACUUCACCGUUGGUGAAUUCAUCACUGUCGGAAACCAAAAACAUAACGAUCCAAGUGUCUUCUCUGCAAACGCCACAAAACUAGAAGCUAGCGCUUGCCGGCUGAAGCUACCAGAGGUCACGGGUGGUUUCUUUAACAUCGACAACGAAGAGUUUGAGGCCAUGCCUGUGGAGAUAAGGCUGUUGCCACGGAAACUACAUUUUUUCAUGAGUGCAGAGCGCAGACAACAGCUUCUGUCACAGAUGCAGUGAAAAGAGAGAGGGGAAAAAAAUAACAAGCUAAGAAAAUAACAAAAAAAAACAGAGAAACAUGAUGACCAGACCAAGUAACAUACAAAAAUAAUACACCUUUUACCUUGAGUUUUGAAUCAUGUAUAAGAAAAGAUCAAAUGGUUCUCAGUCCUAUUGCAUUCCCAUCUUAAUCAGCGUAUCUUGUAUUUUAUAACUUUAUUAAAAGGCCAUUGGUCAAGAUAGGUUUGUGACUUGUGCCUGUUUUAUUUAUUUUUUUAUAUAAAAAUAUAGUAACAGUCUGGUAAUCAAAGUCAUGUAUUAGUACUAUUUACCUAAGAGAGUCAAAUUCAUAAUGCACUUAACUUAUUGGCUGCAACUGAUGUAGAACUGGGUUCCACAUGUACCUAAUAAAGUAUCUAACGAGUGUCGUGCCACUCUGAACACCCACAUUUAACUUUUUUGGUAAUAUAAAAGGGUGACAUGGAUAUAAAAAAUGGUAAGAGGAAAGAUGUUAAUCAGUCAUUGUUUUAUUUUCAUACAAAGUACAGUAAAAUUCACAAUUGCUCAUGCUAUUGACUUCAUGUGUAUAGUUAGGUUUAGUUACAGUGACAAUUUAUAUACCUUGCUGUCAAGUAGAAAAUGUACACUGUGUGCAAUAGUUUAGCUAUGUUGGACAUUCAGAGUGAGACACAUUGUACAGGAAUUGUAGCCAAGGCCAAUACACAACAGUGAAUAUGUCCACAACGAGUCUUACACAAGUGUGGAUUUGUGUGUAUGUACACUCACUUAACAUUUAAUGUACACCAGUAAUGCAAAUAAUAUUGGAAGCUGCUGAAAAAUUAACUGGUCCAAAAAGGACCAUAUGUGCUGAGAAAUAUUUUCUAUACUUCAUCUUUUGACAAACACAUACAGCAUAAGUAUAACAGACCCACUGAUGUAAGUCCUUAUUUCCUUAAGGCCCCAUUUAAAAAUAAACAAAGCAUAAGUGGUUUAUUAAAAAAAAAAUAGGUACAAUAUAAAUUGCACUUGCUGUUUUAUAAACCAACCUAACAAAGCAUGUGGUAAACCGCAAUAAGGCUGUUGGACAUCUUUCAUAAUUUAAGCCUGGAUUGACAGCUUCUCAUUUUGCCACAAUUUAAUGAGAUAUUUGAGAAACUUCUGUGAAUUUAUAUUAGCCCCAGCCACAGUGUUCCAACAUGGAACAAAAUUAUCUCGACUGGCACUGAGAUUGAUCACUUCCACAGGGUGCCAGCGGUGUUCAAACACACUUGAUCCCACUCCAGACUUGGAUUUGCUCAAUGAGAUGGCAAUGAAAAGAAGCAGGGGAAGGGGGGUUAUUUGGUGAAUUUUAAUAAGGAAGAGUUAAAGCUUCUGCUUAGUUUACCCGACACAAAAAGAACUUCAUUGCAAAGAAGAGGAGGAUCUCCUUGGCAAUCCACCAAGGAAACCUCAUUCAAAAAAGCCCUGUGAAGCUGGUCUUCCAGUCUCAGUGCUGUUGUAAACUUAUUAACCACCCAUUUACAACCCCACAACACAGAAAUCCCCACAAGUGUCAGAAAUUAGCUCAUUUUCCGUCUUUCCUGAUUUUGACACUUGUAUGCUGGGAGGCCGUAGGUGUCUCUCAACUAUUAACGAAAUGCUGACAGAUCCUGUUACCGACCUGAAAAGUUCCAAUAAGCAAUGACUUGACAACUAAUGCUAGUUAAUGCGUCAUAGCAAAACUUAAUCAAUUCUAGGAACAAAAAAUGUACAGUAUGUUUGUUUCACCACAGUAAAAAAAAAAAAAAAAAAAAGUCAAAAGUCCAGAGUACUUUCGUGUACCAGGGACAAAACAAGGUACCAUGAGGUACAAAGCUGAUUAUUUUCUGAGUGUAUAAUAUGCAUGAUCAGCAUGUGCAUCAAGAUGUAGUCUCGUGGCAAACGCCGCAAAAAGGUGCAGCAUUCAUGAUAACUUUGUGUCGUAAAAUCACAUUCAUCAAAGACCUUAAGUGUCAUUUUAAAGGUGCCAAAAUGUGAACAAAACUAAAUAAUGUAAAAAAGGCUGAGAGCUGACAAAGAUGCAGACUUCUAUUGCUUCAUUUACAAAAAAAAAAAAUGCCCAUGUAAGCAUUCCUUUCUCAGAUGUCCAAGAAUCACAUCGGUAUGACAGUCCAUUUCCAUUCCUGCACUAACCAAGCUCUGCGUGAUUGGUGCAUGGUAAUAUUCUCAACCGCGCAUCCAGUGUUGAAAACGGGAAUUAAGUCAAGUAAGCAAAAACAAAAUGUGAUAUGACUGCUAAAUACAGCCCCAUCCGACAGGAGUGAGUCCAUUCUCCUUGAACAACCAGAUGACACAAUGUACACAAAGGAAAACAAACAUUGAUGACAGGAAAGCAGGCAACAGAUGAAGGCUCAGGGUGAACAUAGUGUCUCAGUGUGUGAGUGGAUGUGUGUGAAUUUCACCAACAUUGGAUGUAAAUCCUGGAUUUCCAAGGCUAGUGGCAGCAGAGGUUAUCUAUAACCAGAGUGACGUCAACACCAUACAACUCCAGCAGCUCCACCAGGAAGCAGUGAUCGCCUUGUGGGUCCAGCCCCAUGGCUCUUACAUGCUCGGCCGUCAGGGUGGGAUCAGCGCUCCCUGCGACCUCGGAUAGGAUCUGGAAGAUACGGUUAUUGAGCUCCAUGAAGAAC